CUGAUAUUAGGGGCGAGGGCUCAGGUGUAGACCCAUCGCACACUACAUUAUGCGCUGAUUUGAUUGCAACGAAAGGCUUAAACAAAGAGAUUAACGCAAAACUCAUACGAAAAGACAUCACUUAGUCUUCACUUUUUCAAUCAUCGUCUUCACCAUGAAUUACAUGAAGUCAUUCUUCAGUAACUUCAGAGAGUUCUACAAUGAGAUCAAUUCGGCGACACUUACCGGAGCUAUCGAUGUGAUAGUCGUCCAGCAGGAGGACGGCUCGUACAAGUGCUCCCCGUUUUACGUCCGGUUCGGCAAAAUCGGUGUUCUUCGGAGUCGUGAGAAGAUUGUGGAUAUCGAAGUGAAUGGACAACCGGUUGAUCUGCACAUGAAAUUAGGCCAUUCGGGCGACGCUUUCUUUUUCGAGGAGAUUAUAGAAGAGGAGCCAAAGAACACGCGAGAGUCGGCCCCAUCGCCCACAGAGGACACUGAGAACGGGUGGCUCUCCGACACAUACCUGUCCUCCGGCAGCGACGCUGGAAGCGAUGCAGACAUCGAUGAGAAUUCUCAGCCGAAUGGAGAGACAAAGGAACCGAACGAACAAAAAGAUAGGAAACAAAAGAUUAAAUACAAGAAAAAGAUUCGCUUGUCUUCACAACAAAUCGAUGACUUGAAUCUGAAUGAAGGCAAGAAUGAAGUGGUGUUCAGUGUGACGACGGCAUACCAGGGAACCACUACUUGCAAGUGUUAUAUCUAUUUGUGGCGCUACGACGACCAGAUCAUCAUCAGCGACAUCGACGGCACAAUCACUAAGUCGGACGUCUUGGGACACAUUCUGCCCAUAAUAGGCAGGGAUUGGGCGCAGUCGGGCGUCGCCAACCUCUUCACUCUAAUCAAGAAAAAUGGUUAUAAAAUUGUUUACCUCUCGGCGCGAGCCAUCGGUCAGUCCUCGUCGACCGGCGAUUAUCUCAAAAGCAUUCGACAGGGCGACCGAUCCCUACCUGAAGGACCUCUUCUACUAUCCCCCACUUCUAUGAUCGCUGCUCUGCACAGAGAGGUUAUUGAGAAGAAACCCGAAGAGUUCAAAAUCCAAUGUCUUCAAGAUAUCCGUGAUCUUUAUCCUUCGUCUCGCUCUCCAUUUUAUGCCGGUUUUGGUAACAAAAUAAAUGACACGUGGGCCUAUCGGGCGGUAGAGAUCCGACCGUCGCGUAUAUUCAUGAUCAACCAUAAGGGAGAACUCAAAUUGGAAUUGAUCCAAAACUUUCAGUCAUCCUAUACAUCAUUGAGCGAUUUGGUGGACCAGAUGUUUCCGCCCCUGCAUUCUGAUCAAACCGACUUCAGCUCAGAGUAUAGCGCUUUUGAGUACUGGAGGGAAAGCAUACCUGACAUCGACGACGGCGACGACCUGUUAAUUAGUUUACAAACGAAAGUGAAUUUAAGUCCAAAAUUAGUCAAUAAUAAGAACGACUCGAUAUUUCGCAAAAAAGUUAAAUAAUUAUAAUUACCAGUGUCAUUUUAAUCAUAUUUUAUUUAAAUUUGUCAAUUAAUAAUCCGAACA